AUGGAUCUCGGUGACCUCUUGGCAAGAGAUGGACCUCGGGCUACCGCCGCCAGCGAGGGUAGACCGUCGAGCCGUCAGCACUCGACUCGACAUUCCCUGCCAUCGCAAACACUCCAAUUUCACAAUCAUAUGUACGAUGGGGCAGCUGAUGCUGCUCCGAGGGCAUAUGCUGACCCUCCUCGCCCCUCGCGUACCAAGCAGCAAAAGCAUGUCACAUUUGAACUUCUCCUACCCGAAGGCCAUAACCGCGAGCACCGCGCUCGCCUACCCAUGCGCGUCAUGAUCUCGCCUCAUGAUACUACCGACUCGAUCAUUACAACAGUGCGCAACUUCUAUGGUUUGUACGAGGGCCCAGGUGUCAGCUUCCAAGACAAGGAAGGGCGCAUCCUGAUCGCAACCUUUGAGAAUUUCGAGCACAACAUGGUCGUCUACGUACGUAUGACUGCUCCUGACCCGGCCGUGGCAGCAGCUACUAGCCAGAUGCAAUCGCGAUCAGCUACGACGUCGCCUCGCAAGCCCAAGUUGGCGGCUCCAAUCGACAUGCGCCCACCAUCGCGCAACUCUCGCCCUGCCUCGCGCGCUGCUCCUGGCCGAAGCCUCUCUCCCCAGUCAAACCGCAGUCAUCGCAGCAUGUCCAAGCCACAGUCUCGCAGCGGUUUCCGACCCAAGGACAAAGAGAGCUUGUACGAUGACAUGUAUGCUGGUGACACUGAUUAUGACAGUGAUGGCGCGCACAGCCGUCGCUCCAAGAUCGAGCCUCAUGCGAGCGCCGAAAUCAGCGUCGAGAACAUUGUCGAGGGCGGCAGGAGGAAGCGGGCUAAGUUUGACAGCUCGGUAUGCGCUAGGGCUCAGCUGUGGUCCUGUGUUUGGUCUAACCUCAUCCCAGNNGAACUUCCUCUUUUCGUGCCUCCUCAGGUGCCAGCGGCGAACUCGAUUUCGUCCAUCUCCCCUCAGCGACGCCCUGCUGCUAAUGGCGACAUUAUUGCGUCUCCUUUCGCCUGGUCCAACCAACGCAAUGUCACCUACCAGCAGCCCCUCCCAUCGCCUCGGAGCUAUACUGGAUACUAUAGCAACAUUCAGACACCGUACAACAACACGACCUUCCGCAGUCGUCCUGUACCCACCUUCCAACCCCGUUCGUCUGUUGGAGGUGGCGCUAUUCUGCCAACCCCAGAGCCCACCAACGCAAGCGUCAUCUCUGAUGAAGACGUCGCUCUGCAGCUCAUGCGCCUUGGUGACGCUUCCAACUUCUCCCAUGGCCGUACCUCGACCUCGACCAUGGACGACGGCCUGAGCGGCAAGGCAGAUGCCGCUUCCUCGGCUGGCGAGGAAAGCGACGCUGUCGAUGACGAAGUCUCUAAGCCUCAGCAGCCCCUCUCGCAUGUCGCUGGCCCGCGCAGAAAGAAGCAGCGCGUGCUUGACGAUGUUCUUCCAAGCACGGACAGCAUUCAGUCCAGUGGAGACGAUUACUCUGAGGUUGACAGCGACGUUCCAGAGUAUGACGAGAAUGGUGUUCAUGUCGCCCGUGCCAUGUCCAAGGCAAAGGGUAUGCCUAAUGGCAAGGACACCUCUGUCAAUGGCUUCACCAAGUCCACCAAGAGCCGCGCACCUGGCCCUGUCAAGUCCAAGCCAAAGUCUAACUCGACCUCUUCUACCAAGGUUCCCAUGUCGCCAGCCUCUCUUCCCUCGCAGUCUCGUAAGACGUCGGCUGCUUCUACCAUCAACUUCCAGCAUCAGCUCGGCGUUGACGAGGAAGAUCUAUCGACUAAGCCUCGUUGCCAGAGAUGCCGCAAGAGCAAGAAGGGUUGCGAUCGUCAGCGACCUUGUGGACGCUGCAAGGAUGCCGGUAUCGGUAUCGAAGGCUGCGUCAGCGAAGAUGAGGGUAAUGGCCGCAAAGGACGAUAUGGUCGUCACAUGGGUGUGCCGGUCAAGAAGUCCGACCUUGCUUAUGACGCUUAUGAUGCUGUCCCCAUUGUUGCAGCUGGUGGUACGGGUGAGUUCCUCGCACCUGCCCUUCCUGACAAGAACAAGAAAAGGAAGCGUUGA